UAGUAAUGGCGCCGUACUGUACACAUUGUUGACGUUUACCGCUAUGCUAUUUCAUUGAGUGUUUUUAUUAUAUCUUACAUUACAUACCUUUUAUCAUACUGUGCAGAAUAGGUUUGAGAAACUUAUAUGACUGGCUUUUGAGGAUAUCGUUUGAAAGAUACUUCACCAGAAAUCCAUCGGCUAAGUGCUGUGGUCAAGACCUCAGCAGAGAUGGAAGAUGAUUCCUCCCUGCAUCGUCUGGAAGGGAGUGACCCCAGCGUGCAGGUCGGGGGGCUGAUAGUGAAGAAGAAGAGCGCUUCAACAGAACAGCAUGUCUUUAGAGCACCCGCUCCACGCACCUCGCUCCUGGGCCUCGAUCUGCUGGCCGCACAGAAACGCAAGGAGCGCGAGGGGAAGGAAAGGCCGGAUGAUCAGCCCAAGAAAUCAAAGGUGUCGUCCUACAAGGACUGGGAAGAGGGCAAAAGUGAUUCGGGCUCUGAUGAUGAAAACCAAGAAGAUGGUGAUAACAAGAAUCGAAAAAAGGAGAGGAAGUACCGUGUCACUGGCUCAGAAACGCCAUCAAACCCUGGAGGGGUUAGUGAGGAGUUCAAGCAGAGACAUCAACAGAGGGAGAAGGACAGACGGGAGCAUGGGGUUUAUGCAUCCUCCAAAGAAGACAAGAACAGAGACAAAGACAGAUCCAGAGACAGGGACCGAGACCACGACCGCCACCGUGACAGAGACAGAAGAAGAGACAGAGAUGAACGGGAAAGCAGCCGCAGCCGUGGAUCAAGCAGCAGUCGAUCUGAGCGCGGUGAUGGCAGCGUGAGAAGUGAACGCUCCCAGAGGGAUGGCUGGUCCGACCGCAUGAGUCGCGGUACCCGCCGUGAUGAGCCCGAAUCACCGCGUAACAGACCGAAAGAUUUGGCCACUCCAUCACGCUCCAGCUGGGAUGAAGAUGACAGUGGAUAUUCCAGCUCACGCCACUCUCACUGGGAGAGCCCGUCUCCUGCCCCCUCACAACGAGAGUACGAUCGCUCCGAGCGCAGCCAUCGCUCAGUCCGUGACAGUGAGAGGAGAGACCGGUCAAGUAAACCUCAGUAUCCAGCAGAAACUCCCCUGCCAACUCCUUCAUAUAAGUACAACGAGUGGGCUAAUGACAGGAAGCACCUUGGCUCCACCCCACGCCUGUCCCGAGGAAAAGGCGAUAAGAAGGAGGAUAGGGAGGACGGCAUCCUAUUUAAUAAUGAAGAAGAGAAGGAACAGUGGGAGGAAGAUCAGAGGCAAGCUGAUCGAGACUGGUACAUGAUGGAUGAAGGUUUUGAUGAGUUCCACAACCCUUUGACGUCCAGCUCAGAUGAAUAUGUGAAGAAGAGGGAGCAGAUCCUGCAGAAGCAGACCCAGAAACGCAUCUCAGCACAGAAACGGCAAAUUAAUGAGGAUAAUGAACGCUGGGAGACCAACCGCAUGCUCACCAGUGGAGUGGUUCAGCGUUUGGAGGUGGAUGAGGACUUUGAGGAAGACAAUGCAACCAGAGUCCACCUGCUUGUCCAUAACCUCGUGCCACCCUUCCUGGAUGGGAGGAUUGUCUUCACUAAGCAGCCUGAGCCGGUCAUUCCAGUGAAAGAUGCGACCUCAGACAUGGCCAUCAUUUCUCGCAAGGGCAGUCAGCUGGUCAGACGACACAGAGAGCAGAAAGAAAGAAAGAAGGCACAACACAAACACUGGGAGCUCGCUGGCACCAAACUGGGUGACAUCAUGGGAAUCAAGAAAACGGAGGAGGAUGGAUCAGAUGGAAAAGCUGUUGGAGAAGAUGGAAAUGUGGAUUACAGAGCGGAGCAGAAGUUUGCUGACCAUAUGAAGGAGAAGAAUGAAGCAAGCAGUGAGUUUGCUAAGAAGAAGACUCUAUUAGAGCAGAGGCAGUAUCUGCCCAUCUUUGCUGUUCGCCAGCAGCUGCUCAACAUCAUCAGGGAUAACAAUAUUGUGAUUGUGGUGGGGGAAACGGGCAGUGGUAAGACGACCCAGCUAACGCAGUAUCUUCAUGAGGACGGAUACACCAGCUAUGGCAUGGUGGGCUGCACACAGCCCCGCAGAGUGGCAGCAAUGAGUGUGGCCAAGAGAGUCAGCGAAGAAAUGAACAGUAACCUGGGAGAGGAGGUUGGUUAUGCUAUCCGUUUUGAAGACUGUACAUCAGAGAAGACUGUAAUAAAAUACAUGACGGAUGGUAUCCUUCUGAGGGAAUCUCUGCGUGAAUCAGAUUUGGACCACUACAGUGCGGUAAUCAUGGACGAGGCCCAUGAGCGCUCCCUCAACACUGACGUGCUCUUCGGGCUUCUCCGAGAGGUGGUGUCUAGACGCUCAGACUUGAAGCUCAUUGUCACAUCUGCCACCAUGGACUCUGACAAAUUUGCAGCAUUCUUUGGCAACGUUCCUAUUUUCCACAUUCCCGGCAGGACAUUCCCAGUGGAUAUCUUGUUCAGCAAGGUUCCUCAGGAGGACUAUGUGGAGGCGGCUGUGAAACAGGCCUUACAGAUUCAUCUCAGCGGGAUGGUGGGUGACAUCCUCAUCUUCAUGCCUGGUCAGGAGGACAUUGAGGUGACGUCAGAUCAGAUUGUGGAGCGAUUAGAGGAUCUAGAGAACGCUCCACCCCUGGCCGUGCUGCCCAUUUACUCCCAGCUGCCCUCGGACCUGCAGGCCAAGAUCUUCCAGAAGGCUCCUGAUGGAGUGAGGAAGUGUAUUGUUGCCACAAACAUCGCUGAGACGUCUCUGACUGUGGACGGCAUCAUGUUUGUGGUGGAUUCUGGUUACUGUAAACUGAAGGUGUUCAAUCCUCGCAUUGGCAUGGAUGCGCUGCAGGUGUAUCCCAUUAGUCAAGCCAAUGCAAACCAGAGGGCUGGAAGAGCAGGAAGAACAGGACCAGGACAGUGUUACAGGUUAUACACUCAGAGUGCCUUCAAGAAUGAAAUGCUCACCACCACUAUCCCAGAGAUCCAGCGGACUAACCUGGCCAAUGUUGUGCUGCUGCUCAAGUCACUGGGAGUUCAAGAUCUCCUGCUCUUCCACUUCAUGGACCCUCCACCUGAAGACAACAUGCUGAACUCCAUGUACCAGCUGUGGAUCUUAGGAGCGCUUGACAACACAGGCGCUCUGACACCCACUGGGCGGCUCAUGGUGGAGUUUCCUCUGGAUCCGGCUCUGUCUAAAAUGCUGAUCGUGUCAUGUGACAUGGGCUGCAGUGCUGACAUUCUCAUCAUCGUCUCCAUGUUGUCAGUGCCGUCCAUUUUCUACAGACCGAAGGGUCGAGAAGAGGAGAGUGACCAGGUGAGAGAGAAGUUCUCAGUGCCUGAGAGUGAUCACCUGACCUACCUCAACGUUUACCUGCAGUGGAAGAACAACAAUUACUCCAGCAUCUGGUGCAACGAUCACUUCAUCCACACCAAAGCCAUGCGGAAGGUGCGUGAGGUGCGAGCUCAGCUCAAAGACAUCAUGGUCCAGCAGAAAAUGAACCUGGUCUCCUGCGGCUCAGACUGGGAUGUGAUCAGGAAGUGCAUCUGUGCUGCAUACUUUCACCAGGCUGCUAAAUUAAAGGGAAUAGGGGAGUAUGUGAACGUGAGAACUGGCAUGCCCUGCCAUCUUCACCCUACGAGUGCUUUGUUCGGGAUGGGCUACACCCCUGACUACAUCAUCUACCAUGAGCUGGUCAUGACCACAAAGGAGUACAUGCAAUGUGUGACGGCAGUGGACGGCGAGUGGCUGGCUGAGCUGGGACCAAUGUUCUACAGUAUCAAACAUGCAGGAAAGAGCAGACAGGAGAACCGAAGGAGAGCCAAGGAGGAGAUCACCAACAUGGAGGAGGAGAUGUCUCUCGCACAAGAACAGAUUCGUGCACGGAAAGAAGAGCAGGAUAGGAAGAACAAUGUGGGCAGUGUCAGGGCAAUAAAGAUCUGCACCCCAGGAAGGAAAGAGGAGACGCCCAUGACACCAAAACGAACACCGGCUCGAUUUGGCUUAUAGUGCUUGUAUCGACAAUUUCAGCCAGAUAAUAUUGCAAAUAUGAUGUUGUUUGCCACAGCUGCUUCAGUCAGUGCAAUUUUAUUGUAGUAUAUGACCAUCCCAGUGCAUGUCACAUGCAGCUUCCAGGUUUGUCCAGCAGUAGGAGCAAUUGUAUAAGGAGAAAAUUUCUAGUCUUCAUCUCAUCCCCUCAGACAAAGUGUUGUUUGUGACUCUUUUGGACUGUCUGGACUGAGACCAAAAAAAAAAAAAAAGGAUGCUAGCACUGCACUGAAUCAGUGUUUAGCCAAAUUCAAAAACAAACACAUUGUUAGGUUUGAACACACUUGAACUAAAGAAAUAAAAAUCAGCUUUAUUUGACAUUAUAAAUAUACUUAGCCCAACAACAGGCUUUUUUUUAAUGCUUGAAUGUUUGCGUAAACCACAACCGCAGAAUUUAUUCAUGUCCUGCUGUAGUAUUCACUUUAUCAUUGAAUUAUAAUUCGCAUUCUCUCAUAUUUCGGUUUGUGAAGCGCAGCUGUUGUAUCAUUCUUUCAGAGAACACAGAGCAUCCAUGAAUAUUAACUUCCUGUACUUUGAUAGGUUAAUCCCCUGUGAAUGAAGCUUGUCUUUGUUAUUCUGACAAAAACAUUGCUAGAAUAUUUCAUCAUUCUGCUGGAAUCAACACUGACCAGGCAGCGGUCAAAUCCUGCGUCGUCUUUGAUGCAAUUGGGCUGCAAGUCAUUGCACAGAUGUUCUGUGUACCGACAGAGAUGACAGGCCUGGACCGCUGCGCGUUCACACAAUCCACAACAUGAUCAACCGCUUGCCACCGAGGGUCAUUUCACUUUCUUUCUGAUUUUCGGGGCUCUGUUGCUUUGUUUGUGUUUUUGGAAACUUUGAAGUGAGAGGUCUGUUGAACUUUAUUAUUCUUCAUUACUGAUGUGUACAGGAUGUCUGUAUAUUGUGUUUCUUUCUUUUGUUGUUUGAUUUAGAUAGUCAAAACAUAUUUAGAUGGAACAAUUUGUUUUCUAAAAGGCUGGGAAAUGGGAAUAAUAUUUUUGAAAGUGUAAAAAAUUCAUUCAUUGUCUCCUUUGUAUUUCAAUUUUAUUGUUUUAUAUUACAUAUUAAAG